GCCUGCGCCCGCGGCGGGGCGAGGAAGGCACCGCAGCCCCCGAGCUCCGGCAGAGGCAGCGCGCUCCCUGCUCGCUCCGCCGCGCUCCCCCUCCCGGCCCCUUCCUCCCUCCCUCUCCCUGGCGUUCCCAGCAGCCGAGGGUUUCAGAUGUCCCACCGCCGUUUGACCCCCCUCCCCCCGCCUCUCCACCCCUGCAAAUGAGAUUUGACCAGCAGAGGCAGAGCCCACCUCUGGCUUAGAAUCACUGACAUUUAGACUCCAGGCUUCAACCUGUUUACAAGCGCGCUUCCCAAAGGAACGGGAGUGGGGGAGAAGGCCAAACAAAACCCCAGCCGCUGUCCCACCCACCCCCCAACCCCAAAGGAUAAGUGACUUUCUGGAGGCUUCAAAUCAACAGGCACCACCAAAAAGAGAAAGGAAGAGGGGGAAGAAAACAACAGCGACCGGGCAGCUGCCUCCAGUUCUGACAACUCCAAAGGGACAGUCUUUUAGAAGUGGCCAGCGGGCUGGAGAUCUGCAGAGAGGGACCAGAAGAAGAGAACAAAGUAACUCCCAGGGGAGCCAAGAGUGCUGGUGAUCACCGCCGCCGCCGCCACCAGCUCCUGCUGCUGCGGCCACCCACGUCCACCGUUCACCGGAGACUCCAGAGGCGCAGGCGGCGGAUCCCAGAGCCCAGCCACGAGAGGCAGCCGGCCCUUCCGAGGAGUUAUGGAUGUUGGCGCAUUCACUUCUGGCCAGAUCCGCGCCCAGAAGGAGCUAACCAGCAGCCACCAUCUCCAGCUGUUUCCUCGCGGUGCACCAGGUCUUACCCUUCCAGUAUGUUCCUUCUGAUGAGACAAUUUCCAGUGCCGAGAGUUUCAGUACAAUGUGGAAAUGGAUACUGACACAUUGUGCCUCAGCCUUUCCCCACCUGCCCGGCUGCUGUUGCUGCUUCUUGUUGCUGUUUUUGGUGUCUUCCGUCCCUGUCACCUGCCAAGCUCUUGGUCAGGACAUGGUGUCACCAGAGGCCACCAACUCUUCCUCCUCCUCUUCCUCCUCCUCUUCCUCUUCCUCCUCCUUCUCCUCUCCUUCCAGUGCGGGGAGACAUGUGCGGAGCUACAAUCACCUCCAAGGAGAUGUGCGCUGGAGAAAGCUAUUCUCUUUCACCAAGUACUUUCUCAAGAUUGAGAAGAACGGCAAGGUUAGCGGUACGAAGAAGGAGAACUGCCCGUACAGUAUCCUGGAGAUAACCUCAGUGGAGAUUGGAGUUGUUGCCGUCAAAGCCAUUAACAGCAACUAUUACUUAGCCAUGAACAAGAAGGGGAAACUCUAUGGCUCAAAAGAAUUUAACAAUGACUGUAAGCUGAAGGAAAGGAUAGAAGAAAAUGGAUACAAUACUUAUGCAUCCUUUAACUGGCAGCACAAUGGCAGGCAGAUGUAUGUCGCAUUGAAUGGAAAAGGAGCUCCCAGAAGAGGACAAAAAACCCGAAGGAAAAACACCUCGGCUCACUUUCUUCCAAUGGUGGUACACUCAUAGAAGACAGCAUGUUCACGGAUGCAAUAGAACCAAAGGCUUUUGACCAGGAAUAAUGAUAUUCUUCCUGAAGAUGGUAGCUCAAAAGGCAAAGACACAUUGCAGAUGUCUGCUUGCUUAAAAGAAAGAAAACCUUUGGAAGUUUUGUGUACUUGUGGCUGACAUAUGCUAUUCUUUUCACUAGCUCUGUGUCAUGCAUUAUAACCAAGAUAUAGGCAGAUGAAGUGGGAUGGAAGUUAUUCCCAAGAGAAGAGCAUUGUGGCUGGGCUUCUUAAAUUUUUUUGUUUUUGAACCUCUGAGAUAGAACUCAAAGGACAUGGAACAAUCUGUUGAGUGAUCUUCGGGAAAGUUAUUUAUGGAACACGUACUCAUAUCAAAGACUUUCAUUGCUCAUUCAAACCUAAUGAUUCAAUGAGCAAUAAGACACGCAAGCAUUUACUGGAAAGCACUUGGGUCAGAUCAUAUGUGCAACCAAAGGAGCAUUGAGUGUGGCACAUGGAAGAAUUGGAUAGGAUUUAAAAACAUAAACAUGUUAGUAUGAGACUGUUCUAACAAUACAAAUAGUAUGAUAUGCUUGUGCAUUCUUCCUUCAUCCUUUUCUAUUUCUUUCUAAGUUAUUUAUUUAAUAGGAUGUUAAAUAUCUUUUGGGGUUUAAAAGAGUAUCGCCAGCAACUUCCUUCUGAUUUACAUUCUCUUUUUCUUGAGCACACCACAUGCAUGUUCAUGACAAAGUGUUUUUGAAACUUGGCAAACACUUCAAAACUAGGAGAUGAGAUUGGGGAAGCAGUAUGAGUGCCCCAUGUGCUAUCAGCUGAUUUAUUUGCACUUGUGCGAUGAGAACCAUCAGUAAUGAAUAAGGCAGUAGUCUGCCAUGGCUUGAGAGAUGUCUGCCAUCAUUUAAAAACAUAUAUUACUCCUGAGGCUUCCUUUCCUAUGAAAUAGACCAGAAAGCCAAAUUCUUCUCUUUGAAUACAUUAAAUCAUUUCCAGGAAUAUGCAAAAAGAAGAAAAAUUAAUUGUUAAGUAGCCUAGCCUUGUUAUUUACUAAUCAUUUCUUACCCUAUGUCACAGUGCUUAAAUGAUUAAAGGCUGUCUGCAUACAUUCUGUAUAAGAACCCUUUGUAAGUCCCCUAAAGGAAUCAUCACUAAUUAGAUAUGAAGUGCAACUCUCCUAGGGGCUUAGAGCAAAUAUGUCCUGGUAUAUGUGUAAUCAUAUAUUGAGACCUGUUCAAGCUAUUAUGAUCUAGUCUUUUCAAAACCAAAUAAACCUUAUUUUCUGUAAAUUUAAAGAGCUUUAGAAUGUUCCAUGAUGUAAGCAUUUCAAAAUUGAUUUUGUUAGAGCAGGUAUAAAAAUAGUACAUACAAAGUAAGUUUACCAGUCAUCAACACAUUGUAAUCCACUAAAUACAUACGUAAGUCUUAUUUGCAGUGUCUGUAGUGAUUAUAAAAAUGUAGAAAAAUAUUUUUGUUCUAAAUACUUUAAGUAAUGAGACUAUAUCGAUGCUGCAGUUUUAUCUUCAUAUUUCUUGUUUUGAAAAAGUCUGUUUAUUUUUCUUGUUUGAGCACAGUGUUUUGGUAUAAGGAAAAGACAAACCACUGUGUCCUUUUAUUGAAGUUUAAACUCUGGAAAGGAUGGUGUUUUUUGAUUCUCUUAUAACUUAUUCGUGUUGAUGCUUAAACAGAACUUCCAGUUGAUCUGUAAUUUAAAAAUUUGUCUUAUUAAGACUAGUUCCCAUAAAAUAAUCCAAUAAAUGAUCACAUUUCAUGAUUCCUUUAAAAAGUUGGCAUUUCAAAAGAAAUACAUGUGAGACACAGUUGUUUGGCUUAUGGCUAAAUUUGUAUUUCAUAACACUUUGCUUUCAACUUUUUUGACAAAUAGGUUUCUAAAAAUGUUUAAUUUUCUGUGGUUGAAAUAUGUACCUUAAAUUUUAAUUGGUAACUGAAUCUGAGAGCUAUAAUGUAAUGCAUUCCUUUGAAAACCAGAUAUCUUUUUUCUUUUCUUUUAAUAUAAUAAUUGUACCUGACACAUGAACAUAGACCACCCACAACCAAAAUUAAAUGUUUGGUGAGACAAAUAUGGUAUUAGAUGACCACAGUAACGGCAAAUAGGGCACAAACUGGGUUCUUAUUUCACAUAGCCUCUUAGAUUACCAAAGAGACUAUGUGUAAACAGUCAUCAUUACAGUACUCAAGACACUAAAACAGCUUCUAGCAAAAUGUAUCAGAGCUUGCAGAAUCCAAAAAUAGAAAGCAUCUCUUCCCCUCCUCCAUGUCCCUCCUCCGUACACAUCCUAGUAGCGAUUAAGACAGACACAGUUUGGUAAGGAGUAACGAGUUUCUUCUGUAUUUUAAAAAAGGCCUUUUGGCUGACUAUUGAUAUAGAAUUCUGGUCCCCUUUGCAACUACUGAAGGAAAAGAAGUUUCAUUUCUGAAUGUUGUAGGCUUAAAAAAGUAGAGAUUUCGGAGGUUUUGCCUCUGUGGGAAGUAUAAGCUCUGGCUCACAACGUUAAGAUGCAUCAGCCACAAAUACAUGUCCCUGAGUGCUGGUUCUGAGGAGACUCCUCCUAAAGAUGCAGAAUCACUCCCUCCUCCUACCUCCCGAAAGGCUGAACAGUGUAUAGUAUGUUACAUUUAAAUAAAAACAAUAAAAAUGCUGGGUAAAGAAAAUAAAA